GACAAACUAGCAAAUCAUAACCGAAGUAGACACUACCAAAAUGUUUAUUUCGACGUUUCAAAUAUAUUUCUGGAUCUUAGUAUUUGAAACUGCUAAGUUGCAUGUUAAAGGCCAGGCGACUGUUCGUUUUCUAAAGUUUAAACAAGACGCAAGGUUUGAUCACAUUUUACCCCGAUCAGAUGAGUACUACAUCUACACGCUGAUUUUACAUUCUGUAAUUCGAUGUGCACUGGAGUGUAAUGCAAGACAGCCACUGUGUGUUGGGGUACUGUAUAAUAGUAAUUCGAAGACUUGUAAACUACUGAGGUUCUACUUAACCCAGGUCAACAUAUACAAAGAGGAAUAUGGAGACAACUGGAAAUACUACCCCAUGAAACUAGGAGUUUCUGAUGGACCUUGGUUUCAGUACACGGAAAAUAAACACUGGUACUUCUAUAGUGAGAAUGAAAUGACAUGGCAGGAAGCCAAGGACGAGUGCAGGGUAAGAAAUUCGCAUCUAGUGGAGCUAACGACCAUCGGUGAAAACGACUUCCUUCUUCAAAAAAGCUAUGAAAUAGGUUCAUGUGUGCCAAUCAACAUUUAUAAUUGUGGUUUGUGGAUCGGACUCAAUGACCAAGAAGAGGAAGGCCAGUUCAAAUGGGAAAAUUCCAACCUCCCAGUGACCUUCAGCAACUGGUUGCCGGGGGAACCAGAUGGCAGAGAACAUAAGAACUGUGUAGAAAUGCUGCAGGACGGAACAUGGAACGAUCGACAUUGUUGGCGUAACAACCCCUUCGUCUGUGAGAUGGCUUGACAUUUGUUUAUCAUUAAGAUUCCACCCUCCAAAUUUUUUUUAAAGUUGGAUAGAUGGUUUUCCUGAAAUUUUCAUGGAUGAUAAAGAAUGAU